AUCAGUUCAGCUGCCUGAAAGUUCUGCUGAAGAACUUUCAGUGUUGCAAAUUCCAACAUGUAGAUGACUUUUUAAAGAUAACACACUGAUGCAGCUGAACAGUAAAUGUCUUGGAAAAGCACAGAGGGAAAAACAGCCAGGAGGCAGAAACUUCAAUUAGUAAGACAUUUCUGAAACACUGACGGAUCCUAUAAUUUAUAAGAAGCGAGCCCAGCAGUGUUCUGCAAUGAAGUCAGCGGUCCAUGUGAAUGAAACAGCCAAGCCUUUGGCUUUCACAUUUGUGCCAACUGUUAGAAGACUUCCUGUACACAUUCAGGUAAUUGAUACCACGAGAUCCUCACCCCAGCCUGGAAAACAGCAAAAGCCUGAAGCUAAUUCUUCAAUAAUGAAUGAGCCUUUGCAUAUCACUGAAGAAAUGCCCUCUGCAGAUGUUAGAAUGUCAGAUACCAUUGGUGGAGGAACUCCAAGGCAACACAUGGAGAUAGGCCAAAGUUGGUUGAAUAAGGAGGGAGAGUAUGUGCCUGCUGAAGAAGCUGCACCGGUCCAGGGGAUUUUCAAAGCUGAGCUUGUGUUCUUAGCAGAUUCAUAUGGAAGUGACAGUGAUUGUUUGUCAAGAGGAACUGAAGCAGAAGUCAAUCUUUCAGCAAAAACAUUACCUUUGUUAAGUUUGUCUCCAAAAACUUUUGCGGAUGACAAGAGUAGCUCUAUUCGAGCAAAAGUAGUGGUGGGUGAAUCAAAGGCCCCAUUGUUACAAGAUGCUGAGCAGAAGGUGGAUGAUGCUUUGCAAGAACCAUUCUUUCAGUACAAGAUCAAGUCAAGUUAUAAGGCUUUUGCAGCAAUACCAACAAACACACUGCUUUUGGAGCAGAAGGCCAUUGAUGAAGCAAUCAGUGACUUGGAUGAAUCUGCAGCAGCCAACACAUCUGAGAAAACCCAUUCACAAUUCCUAUUUGAAUCUGAGAGUCUCAGGCAGCAGUCUGAGGAACUGUAUGCUACAAUUGAACAAUUGCUAGAGGAUCCACUGCCAACGUGUUGCUCAAGUUCUGCUCCCAAGUCCUUGCAGAAGCCGCAGGAUGCAAAAGCACAUAAACAUGUUAGUCCCACACUAAAGUCAGUUGGGAGAGAAACCAAAUAUGCUAAUCUCCAUCUGUCAGUAUUGGAGUCCACAGAGAAUAGGCCUACUAGACCUGGUGUGAUCCGUCCAGUUGCCAUUGUUCAGAAAACACCUGCAACCCCAAAGAUGGAAGAGAGCGGUCUCAAUCCUUUCAGGCAAUGUCUUGAAGAAACCAGUGAUACUGAAAUCAAAGAGCCACGUCACUCAAUAAUGACAAUCCAUGAAAACGAAGCUCUGGGCAUCAAUGAGCUCACUCAUGUGACAACAAAACUGAACAGGGAUCAGCACCAAAGCCAAGGCAGGCGAAGGGAAUCUGAGAGGUCACUACUGCCAAACACUGAUUCUAACCAGGAAGUCCUGAUGAUAAUGGAAGAGGAGUUAGAGCAAGCUGUCAAAACAUGAGCAAAGGUAUAAGACUGCAACUCGCCAUGUCAUUUCAUGAAGUAACAUCACCUCACUGCAUUUAUAAGGGCUUCUUUAUUGUAAAUUUGUAUUUCUUAAAACGCUAAUAUUAUAUGAAAACUGUUGAGUGAGUACGCAACACCAUCUGAAGUAAAACUCUCUGAUGAUCAUUACAUUAUUUUUUUUGUAUUUUGAAACCUUUCAAAAUAUGCGCCUGAGUUGUCACUUAUGCACAAUGUAAUCAUUCAAUAUUGUCAGUUACCAAUAAUCAGUCACAUGUUUCUGUAACUACAGUAAUCGAUAAACAGCUGAGACAUUUCUGCUUAUGUACCUGGCGAUUAUUUCUAAUGGAUGCCAUUUUGUACGUCUGCUAAUCUUGGGAAGAGCAGGUAUAUGGAAAAUUAUUUGAGUGUGCAACAUUUACAUGUCACAUGUUCCCAAUGUAUUUGCUUUUGAUGUUUUUCAGCCAGAUUCAAAGACGUUUUGAAAAAACAAAGUUAAUUUUCACACCAACUCAUCAGCAAAGCUAUCUACAGAUGACUUCAAUAGAUGUCACUUCAUAUUUUCUGUAUGAAUGUAUCAAUUUUUGGAUGCUUUUUGGAAAAAUAAAGAAACGUCAAAUUUUA